UUCCAGAAUGCCUGAUCAUAGGCCAAGGAAGCUGAGGUGGUCAAAUUUGGAACACACGAAGGCCCAGAGUUCAGGAAUCACUGUCCUAGAUGAUGUCUUUGUCAUGCACAACCUUUGUUCCUCCAGUUGUUUUGGACUUUGACUUCCAGAAAUCCCAGACAGCUUACCAGCUGUUAGGAAUUGCAGGAUCUGAAAUGCAAAACACUUGGAGGACCAAAAGUUGGGAACUACUGAGCUACAAGAAGACAGGCAGAUGAUUCUUAGCUGGCCCCUGCUCUGUACCAGCUGGAAGGGGCCACCAGGAAACAGGCGAAUAUUGAAGGGGUGGUAUCUGUAUGUGAGAGAGACAGUGAAUUUCUCCCUCAACAACAAUUGGAAAAAUACUAUACAUAGGUUAGUGCUGACAGUGGCAUAUUAUUAACAGGUUUACUUGGAUUUUCAAAUGGAGAAAUGCACUUCCCCUGUCACCAGUGAACAUUGUGUCUAGUUGCACAUGUUUUAAAAAAAUGUCAGUCUGUUGCCUUAUCUGUUCUGGUAGAUCUGGCAGCAACAUGUUCUGGGCAAAAUGAUCAUAAUAGAGCUGGCCUCUGAUAACCCUGUGUGCCAGUUCUUGUAGUUGCAUACCUUCUGACUAGUUGUUAGUAUUAGUAUUAAUAUUUGUGUCUUGCCUUUCUCCCAAAACGCUUAACAAUUUGGAAAGAACAACACACCUAAAAACAUCACACCUGGCCUGUGAAGAAAUUACUUGUCUGUCAAAGCAUGCACUAGUCAGAGAGGUCAAUUUUAGAUAAACACUAUAGGGCACCCCCUCCCCAUUUCAAUCAAACAACUGACAAAAAGACUCUGCUAGAGUAAAAUGGCCAUUUUUGUUAAGAGUGGAGACUAUGGAAACAAAGGCUUCAGUACAGCCAUCCCUCCCCAUUUGCAAGUUUGACUUUUGCAGGUUUAAUUGUUCUUUCUGGGAAUCUCUAAAUUUUCCAGUACAGUUCUAUGUGCAGAUCCUAUGCCCCAAACUCCAGAAAAUGUGGGGAGCUGAUUGUAUUCCUGUUCAAGUCAGUUAAGCUUUCCUUCAGGAUAAUCCCCCCCCCCCCCGAUGUUUUUAUUCACCUCUCCUGCCCCACUUCAACCAUUGCUUGCCAAUCUCAGACUACUGAGCACAUUAGCUCCAUAUUUACUGUUUACUAGGGGGACAGGGUGUAGUAGUUCCUCUCCCCUUAACUACUUUUUGCACUCCUGCAAAUCUUGAAAUGACUGAUGCAUUUUGGCUGUACAGUCCUCCAUAGCUCAGCACCUGAUUUUGUGAUUAAGGAAACUCAUUCUUUUGAGUACUGCUCUUAAGUAGCCAAAAACAGCACCAUCCACACACAUGAAGGAAACUUGAGCAAGAUUAUAUGUGCUUCAUUAUUUGGCAUGCAGAAGUAGACUAGAGGUUGAAUAUUGAGAAACAAGUGAGUAGGUGUUUAUAGAGGCCAUCUUACAUUGCAUACUAUGCAAUUGUUCGUCCUUUGUCUUUGUAGUUGGCCUGUAAUCUGAUUACUUUUACUCCAUUUUGGGAUCAUCAUUGCAAGAAUACAAAACACCUCACCCCUUUAAAACCAAAUGCUUUUAAUUAAACACUUCUUUGCACAGCAUCUUUCCACCAACUGCAUUGUUUAGCAUUGCAUCACUUAGACAUGCAUUUGACCUGACACUUCCGUCUGUCAAAAGUUAGCUACACAUGGUUUGCGUACAGGAAACUUACAAUCAUUACUAGAUGUGACUUUAAAAUAAGGUCUUGUUCUGCCGUUCUGACUGGCAACUGCAAAUGUUUUUAAAGCUGCAAAGUUAACUUGGUUUUUUAAAUUUUUAAACCACUGAAGCAAAAGGCAAAAAAAAAUCCCACUUUCUCUUUUCCUUUCAUUUGUACAGACUGCUGAGUUUGUGCCAUCGGCAGUAAAUGACAGUUACUUUACUUGCAAGGGUCCAGCCAAUAAUACUUAUCUUCUGAUGUCUGCUGAUAUAGGGCACACCAAUAGGAAACCAGGAGAACUGUGCUGACUGUUAGAGAAUGUGAGGUUAUGUCAUCAAAAGGGUCUGUGUGGUUUGUAUGUGUGUGUGUGUGGUGUGUGCAUGCACGCCUGAAAUGCCACCGAAACUUGACUCGCCUGUUCUUGGAGCCACCAUUCAGCAUUCAGAAUACCCUAAAACCCGUUUCUCUUUGGCUAAGAAAAAAUCUUUCCUGUUUUCUGCUUUAUAUGCUGCCUUUAUAUUUGGUGGUCGGCAUCUAAUGAACAAACGAGCAAAAUUUGAACUAAGGAAACCACUAGUUCUUUGGUCUCUGAGCCUUGCUGUCUUCAGUAUAUUUGGUGCUGUUCGAACGGGUGCUUAUAUGGUGUACAUUUUGAUGACCAAAGGACUAAAGCAGUCAGUUUGCGACCAGAGUUUUUACAAUGGGCCUGUCAGCAAAUUCUGGGCUUAUGCAUUUGUGCUAAGCAAAGCACCAGAACUAGGAGAUACAAUAUUUAUUAUUCUUAGGAAACAGAAGCUCAUCUUUCUCCAUUGGUACCACCACAUUACUGUACUGCUGUAUUCCUGGUACUCUUAUAAGGACAUGGUGGCUGGUGGUGGCUGGUUUAUGACCAUGAACUAUGGUGUGCAUGCGGUCAUGUACACAUACUACGCCUUGCGGGCUGCUGGCUUCAGAGUGUCACGCAAGUUUGCCAUGUUUAUCACUUUGUCGCAGAUCACCCAGAUGUUCGUGGGAUGCAUUAUCAACUACCUAGUCUUUGCCUGGAUGCAACAAGGCCAAUGCCACUCUCAUGUUUCAAACAUUGUCUGGUGUUCCCUCAUGUACCUCAGCUACUUUGUGCUCUUCUGCCAUUUCUUUUUUGAGGCAUACAUUGGCAAAGCCAGAAAAGCAAGGAAGGCCGAGUAAAGCUAGAAAACAAGACAGAAGCUGCGUCUCAGGUCAUCCACAAAACCAACGAACACAAAGGAAAAAAAAUGGCACAAGGAAACAUUUUGUGUAUGGUGCAACUAAAACCCAGCAGCCAAGGAACAGCUAGGCUUGUUCAAACCAGUAAGUUUAUGAUCCUGUCAUGGUGAGGGCUCACUGAGUGAUCUCAAAAGGCUGCUGUAAGAUAUUUUCCUUCUUGCAUCUGUCUGCUCUUAAAACACACACAUUUUUUUUAAAAAAAGAAAGCAAAAGCAAAUGAAGAUAGGGAUUUUGCAAAAUAAAAGAUUAAAACAUCUUGUUUCCCUGAGCAUAGAUGACUUUUAUUAAAAAGAAGUAAUUAUUUAUAUAUCCUUUCUAACUUUCAUUUUUCUAAAUUUAGAACGUGAACCAAUUUUAAGCAGGAGGAACAUGACCAUUUGGAGCUGCCUUGUUUCCCUGUCAGAGGAUCUGGCCCCUUACCUUUUACUCUGACUAGCAGCAAUUCUCCAAAAUCUCAGACAGUUGCCCUGCAACUUGAGAUCUCAUGGUUAAAGAACAGAGAGCCCAGAGGUGAAACCUGAAAUCUUCUGCAUUCUCCUUUAGGUGAGCUUUGCCCUCUCCAAUAACCACCAGUGUUUUUUGCAGUCCAAAAGAGCAACAAGCAAAAUCCUUUCUCCUGAGAAGAGUUGUCCACUAAAAAGCUCCAAUGUAUAACUGAAAGGUUAAUCCUGGGUGUCUGUUUUAGAUAGCCAUUAUUCCACUGAAAUAAUAAAUGGAGAAGAAUUGGAGGAUAUCUUGUGUGCAUGUUCUGUAUACUAUCCUGGAAAAGAUCUGAUAUGCCAACUAAAGAUGUGAUGUGAGAUACUGAUCUAGGAUUCGCUAUUGUUGAGAUGCAUAUCAGACAAUUCGUUCAAGUGCAUUUUCAUGUUUAAAAGCAAAACACCGAAGAGUUUAAGAUGCACACAACACAUCUUGCUUGGGGUUAAAAAUACGUGAGAGCAAGGGGGAGAAAUGAAGGGGCUAAGUUAUAGGCGGUAUAUCAGAGCAGGCUGGCUCUCAAAGUGCUCUAAGACUCUUCCCAAAGGGCACCAUUGUUCCCAAGACCAGUUCUAGCAUAUUGUUUUAAAGGCAAAAAAUACGGUUGCUGUGGGUUUGUUGUGUUAUAAUGCAUUGUCAACAACACCAGUCUAAAGUCAGUUGCUUGGGCUAGGUAGGUGCUGUUCAUGCACUGACAUGCUGGACAUAUUCUGAGUGUAUAUCUACAGCACUCAGUCCAAAGCCAUCUCUUGAAAUGCAAAUAUUGCAGUGGGGGCUGAAUUUUGAAACAAACAUAAGUGCACAAGAGCUCUGUGCUUGGGGUGGCUUCCCUUUUUCUUCUGGCUCUUGACCCCUGCCAUAAUUCCCAAUUCAAGAUCAAGAAAUUGUUGUCACUAAGAGAACCUGUGGUGUGUCUGUGUGGACAUGCGUGCCUGCACGUCUACCAUAUAACCCAAACCGUCUACAAGGAAAGGUGUAUGGAAAACAUCAGUUUCUGUUCCUAACAAAUGAAUGCAAGCAAGACUCCAAUAGCCAUGAGUCAAGGAGCCAUCACAGACAGAAGAAAGCACUAGCUGCCCUAAGCACAACACAGCCCUGGCGUCACAGCAUUAAGUGCAAUUUGAGUGAAAGGUGCAAAGAUUAAAUGGAAAAUCUAAAUAUCUUUAGACAGGUUUUAGUGUUGGGUAGAAACUUCAGGGAAGACAACCCUGUGGAGUGGAAGAUGUUUUAUAUUUUUAUGAACUUAAAAGAAUAGAUAUUUGCAACCUUAAUAGCAUUCUGCAGGACUUUAUGUGACUUUAGGUAACACUGUGCUUCUGCGUUUGCCUCGCAAGCAAUGCAAAGAUGUUCAAAGUGCCCUCCUCUGGUCACUUGGAGAUAUUACAAAGGAAGACAUAACUGGCAUCGUCCUACUCAAGAGUUUUAAAUGGGGGAAAGCUUGACUGGAGUAAUUGUGCUGCAACAAAUUAACUCUAAUGUCCAGAGAGAACUAUUCAUAGUUUAGAAACUGAAUCUGUAGAAAGAAAAAUAUACUGUAGCAUUCUUGAUCACUCAAAGAGACACCUGGUUCUUUGGUCAGCUGCAGAAGACAAAAUAUUUCACUCUUAACCUCAGAGAAUUAGCUGAAAAGAGCCAUAUUUUCUACAAGGAAAAAGUAGAUUGUAUUAUCUGUAAGAUUUCAGUCCUUACAAAGCCAAAUAAAAUGUGUUAACGUUCCUAGUACUUCAAAGAAACAAGUAUGUAAACUUGAUGUUAUAACUGUGUUAACAUAGUACUCUCAAUUGUAUCAGUUUGGUAGUUUAAACAUAAACAGUUAGAAGAGGAACCAAUUAAGAGCCGCUGUUCUACAUAGAAAGUCAUACAUGGCUAUAAGCUACACCCCAUUAACUACUUGUUUUUGUGAAUUGUCCAAAAUUUAAGCCGAGGGGCAGAAUCACUCUUUUUUGUUCCGGCUAUUGCAAAAUGUCAGCUUUCUUACUUUAAUCCAAGACUGUACAAUACAACGUAUUCCCCCCCCCCCCCCCCAACUUUAGCUUCACCUCUGUUGUCCGUCAUUCAUAGCACAGAGCUGAUGUAAUAUCCUGUUAGACAUAACAAGGGCUUAAAUGUCUCAUGAUGUGCAGUAAGACUGCUACAUUCUGUAUUAUGUGAGUAGUGUUUUUAAGGGAGGGGGGACCAAUGAAAAAGCUCUCUGGGGUUUAAGUCAUGACUGGAAAAAAACAAAGAGUUAAUCCCUGUCUUGUUUAAGUUGCAGAUGUUCUGCCAGUGUUAUACAUCACCAAAAGAACAGCAAACUGUUACAUUCAGUAGAACAUAUGACAUAAUCUUAAUUUAUAGAACUCCUGUAUGAAUGGAAAUGUCAAUUAAAAUGUAAACUAUGUCAUUUUUACAGUUUGGGGAGUAGAUUAUAUCCUACAAUAUAAGCCUUUAACAAAAAACAUCUCCCUCUUUCUUCCAAUCUGCAGUAUUUGAAGCAAGCCAAAAUAUGUUAUUAUGGACAUGCAAAAUUAUUUGGGAGCAAUAGUAAGCAAUUCUCUGUUGUGCCAUUUAUUUUAUGUCUCUCAUUUGUUUUUGUGCAAGCUGAUCUCAUGGAUCUUUCUCAGAUCAGUUUUCUCUCUUCUCCCAUCUCUCUGUUUGGAAAUAAACGGAAAAGGCAUUAUAGAAGGGAACUGAAGAA